AUGAACGGCCUGAUACUGCAACAAAUGAGUAUGUGGUCGGCCUCCGAACUGGCGAACUCUGCUGUCUACCGGUCCCCCAUUCGAGAUAUACCGGUCCCCAAUUCCAGUAAUGGAGACAUUGGCUUGGGCGCAGCUGGAGGAAUUGAGGGAGCUGCAGGUAUAGGUGCAAAUGGAUUCGGAGGUGCAAUCCAAGCAGGAGCUGGCGCCGCUGGCAAUAUUGGAUUAUCAUCUGCACUAGGAGGUGCUGGCUUAGUCUCAACUGGAAUUGAAGCUGGAAUCGGUGCCGCAAGUCAAGCUGCAUCCGAUGUUGCCAGUGGUAACUUUGUCGGCGCUGCCACUGAUGCUGCAUCUAUUGGUGCAUCAGGAGCGUCAAGAGCGGCUAAUAUUGCAAGCAAUACUGUAUCAUCUGACGCAUCUGCAGCUGCCAACGGAGCUGAAAAUGCAGCUACAAUCGGAUCUCAAUCGGGUGCUGGAGCCGUAGACUCUGCAGUAAAUGCAGGUGCUGACGUGGCAACAGGCGCAGGUGGAAGCGGACUUUCAUCUGGUGUGUCGGGCGCGGCUGGAGCAGAGCAAGAAAGUGAUGAUGAUGACGGAAUAAAAUACAUUGCAGGAAUCGGUGUCUCAAGUGGCUUGAGCAGCACGGGCUCCAAUGUCAGCGGUGUCUCUAACGUUGGUUCCAGCAGCGAUUCAAGCGCAAAUAGCGGUAGUAGCGCUUCAAAUAGCGCAACUGGUUCAAGCGCCAGCAGAAAUUCCAGCAGUAGUGCAAACAGCUCAACUGGUUCAAGUUCCAGCAGAAAUUCUAGCAGCAGUUCAAAUAGCUUAACUGGUUCAAGCUCUAGCAGAGGUUCCAGCAGUAGUGCAAAUAGCUCAACUGGUUCAAGUUCCAGCAGAAAUUCCAGCAGCAGUUCAAAUAGCUUAACUGGUUCGAGCGCCAGCAGAAAUUCUAGUAGUAGUGCAAACAGCUUAACGGGUUCAAACUCCAGCAGAGGUUCUAGCAGUAGUGCAAAUAGCUCAACUGGUUCAAGCUCUAGCAGAGGUUCCAGCAGUAGUGCAAACAGCUUAACUGGUUCAAGUUCCAGCAGAAAUUCCAGCAGCAGUUCAAAUAGCUUAACUGGCUCGAGCGCCAACAGAAAUUCCAGUAGCAGUGCAAACAGCUCAACUGGCUCAAGUUCAAGCAGAGGAUCCAGCAGUAGUGUAAAUAGCUCAACCGGUUCAAGCUCCAGCAGAAAUUCCAGUAGUAGCGCAAACAGCUUAACUGGUUCAAACUCCAGCAAUAUUUCGAAUAGCUCAAGUGAGUCAAACUCAUACGAUGGUUCUAGCAGUAGUGCAAACAACGCAAGCAGUUCAAACAAUAGCGGAAGUUCCAGCAUUAGUUCAAACAACGCAAGCAGCUCAAACUCCAGCGGAAAUGCUAGCAGUAGUUCAAAUAACGCAAGCAGUUCAAACUCAUACGAUGGCUCCAGCAGUAGUUUAAAUAACGCAAGCAGUUCAAACUCUAUCGGAAGUUCUAGCAGUAGCUCAAACAACGCAAGCAGUUCUAACACCAGCGGAAAUUCCAGCAGUAGUUUAAACAACGCAAGCAGUUCUAACUCCAGAAGAAGUUCCAGCAGUAGAUUAAAUAAUGCAAGCAGUUCAAACUCUAGCGGAAGUUCCAGCAGUAGUUCAGAUAAUGCAAGUAGCGCAAACUCUAGCGACUCUAGUGUAAACUCCAGCGGAAAUUCCAUCAGUAGUUCAAACAGCUUAAGCGGUUCAAACUCAUACGAUGGCUCCAACAGUAGUUUAAAUAACGUAAGCAGUUCAAACUCUAACGGAAGUUCUAGCAGUAGCUCAAACAACGCAAGCAGUUCUAACUCCAGCGGAAAUUCCAGCAGUAGUUCAAAUAACGCAAGCAGCUCAAACUCAUACGAUGGCUCCAGCAGUAGUUUAAAUAAUGCAAGCAGUUCAAACUCUAACGGAAGUUCUAGCAGUAGUGUAAACAACGCAAGCAGUUCAAACUCUAUCGGAAGUUCCAGCAGUAGUUUAAACAACGCAAGCAGUUCUAACUCCAGAAGAAGUUCCAGCAGUAGUUUAAAUAAUGCAAGCAGUUCAAACUCUAGCGGAAGUUCCAGCAGUAGUUCAGAUAAUGCAAGUAGCGCAAACUCUAGCGACUCUAGUGUAAACUCCAGCGGAAAUUCCAUCAGUAGUUCAAACAGCUUAAGCGGUUCAAACUCAUACGAUGGCUCCAACAGUAGUUUAAAUAACGUAAGCAGUUCAAACUCUAACGGAAGUUCUAGCAGUAGCUCAAACAACGCAAGCAGUUCUAACUCCAGCGGAAAUUCCAGCAGUAGUUCAAAUAACGCAAACAGCUCAAACUCAUACGAUGGCUCCAGCAGUAGUUUAAAUAAUGCAAGCAGUUCAAACUCUAACGGAAGUUCUAGCAGUAGUGUAAACAACGCAAGCAGUUCUAACUCCAGCGGAAAUUCCAGCAGUAGUUUAAAUAACGCAAGCAGUUCAAACUCAUACGAUGGCUCCAGCAGUAGUUUAAAUAACGCAAGCAGUUCAAACUCUAACGGAAGUUCUAGCAGUAGCUCAAACAACGCAAGCAGUUCUAACUCCAGCGGAAAUUCCAGCAGUAGUUUAAAUAACGCAAGCAGCUCAAACUCAUACGAUGGCUCCAGCAGUAGUUUAAAUAACGUAAGCAGUUCAAACUCUAACGGAAGUUCUAGCAGUAGUGUAAACAACGCAAGCAGGUCAAACUCUAACGGAAGUUCCAGCAGUAGUUUAAACAACGCAAGCAGUUCCAACUCCAGCAGAAGUUCCAGCAGUAGUUUAAAUAAUGCAAGUAGUUCAAACUCUAGCGGAAGUUCCAGCAGUAGUUCAGAUAAUGCAAGUAGCUCAAACUCUAGCGACAAUUCCAGCAGCAGUUCAAACUCCAGCGGCAAUACCAGCAGUAGUUUAAAUAACGCAAGCAGUUUAAACUCUAACGGAAGUUCUAGCAGUAGUUUAAACAACGCAAGCAGUUCUAACUCAUACGAUGGUUCCAGCAGUAGUUUAAAUAACGCAAGCAAUUCAAACUCCAGCGGAAGUUCCAGCAGUAAUUCAAAUAAUGCAAGCAGUUUAAACUCUAGCGGAAGUUCCAGCAGUAGUUCAGAUAAUGCAAGUAGCUCAAACUCUAGCGACAAUUCCAGCAGCAGUGUAAACUCAAACGGAAAUUCCAUCAGUAGUUCAAACAGCUUAAGCGGUUCAAACUCAUACGACGGUUCCAGCAGCAGUUCAAACAAUGCAAGCAGUUCAAACUCCAGCGAAAAUUCCAGCAGUAGUUCAAAUACCGCAAGCAGCUCAAAUUCCAACGGUAGUUCCAGCAGUAAUUCAAAUAACGCAAGCAGUUCAAACUCAUACGAUGGCUCCAGCAGUAGUUUAAAUAACGCAAGCAGUUUAAACUCUAACGGAAGUUCUAGCAGUAGCUCCAACAACGCAAGCAGUUCAAACUCCAGCGGAAAUUCCAGUAGUAGUUCAGAUAACGCAAGCAGUUCAAACUCAUACGAUGGCUCCAGCAGUAGUUUAAAUAAUGCAAGCAGUUUAAACUCUAACGGAAGUUCUAGCAGUAGCUCAAACAACGCAAGCAGUUCUAACGCUAGUAGAAGUUCUAGCAGUAGUUCAAACAACGCAAGCAGUUCAAACUCCAGCGGAAAUUCCAGUAGUAGUUCAAAUAAUGCAAGCAGUUCAAACUCCAGCGAAAAUUCCAUCAGUAGUUUAAAUAACGCAAGCAGUUAUAAUUCCAGCGGUAGUUCCAGCAGUAAUUCAAAUAACGCAAGCAGUUCAAACUCAUACGAUAGCUCCAGCAGUAGUUUAAAUAACGCAAGCGGUUUAAACUCUAACGGAAGUUCCAGCAGUAACUCAAACAACGCAAGCAGUUCAAACUCCAGCGGAAAUUCCAGUAGUAGUUCAAAUAACGCAAGCAGUUCAAACUCUAGCGGAAAUUCCAGUAGUAGUUCAGAUAACGCAAGCAGUUCAAACUCAUACGAUGGCUCCAGCAGUAGUUUAAAUAAUGCAAGCAGUUCAAACACUAGUGGAAGUUCCAGCAGUAGUUUAGAUAACGCAAGCAGUUCAAACUCAUACGAUGGCUCCAGCAGUAGUUUAAAUAAUGCAAGCAGUUCAAACUCUAACGAAAGUUCCAGCAAUAGUUUAAAUAACGCAAGCAGUUCUAACUCCAGCAGAAGAUUCAGCAGUAGUUUAAAUAAUGCAAGCAGUUCAAACUCCAGCGACAAUUCCAGUAGUAGUUCAGAUAACGCAAGCAGUUCAAACUCAUACGAUGGCUCCAGCAGUAGUUCAAAUAACGCAAGCAGUUCAAACUCCAGCGGCAAUUCCAGCAGUAGUUCAAAUAACGCAAGCAGUUCAAACUCAUACAAUGGCUCCAGCAGUAGUUUAAAUAACGCAAGCAGUUCAAACGCUAGUAGAAGUUCUAGCAAUAGUUCAAACAACGCAAGCAGUUCAAACAACGCAAGCAGUUCAAACAACGCAAGCAGUUCAAACAACGCAAGCAGUUCAAACAAUGCAAGCAGUUCAAACAAUGCAAGCAGUUCAAACAAUGCAAGCAGUUCAAACUCCAGCGGCAAUUCCAACAGUAGUUCAAAUAACGCAAGCAGUUCUAACUCAUACGAUGGUUCCAGCAGUAGCUCAAAUAACGCAAGCAGUUUGAACUUCAGUGACAAUUCUAGCAGCAGUUCCAACAACGCAAGUAGUUCAAACUCCAGCAACAAUUCCAGCAGCAGUUCCAAUAGCUCAAGUGGUUCAAACUCCAGUGACAAUUCCAGCAGCAGCUCAAAUAGCUCAAGCGGUUCAAACUCAUCUGGCAUUGCUAGCAGUAGCUUAAAUAGCUUAACUGGUUCACUCUCGAAUGGCAUCAGAGGUUCAAGCAGCUUAACCGGUUCACUGUCAAGUGGCUUGUCCGGCAGUAGCUCAAAUAGUUUAUCCGGUUCAAACUCUAAUGGAUCGUCCGUCCGUGGGUCAGGUGGUUUAAUUGGGUCACUCUCAAGUGGCGGAUCCAGUAGUAGUUCAGGUAGCUCAGGUGGUGCAAGCUUAAAUGGUGGUUUGGGCGCUAGCUUUGGCGGUUCAAUCUCAGGUUCAAUCUAA